GACGUGGAAGAUCCCAAACCGGAAGCAAUGCCCGUUCGAUUUGGCUGGGUGACGGGAGUCAUGAUCCGAUGCAUGCUGAAUAUUUGGGGUGUGAUUCUUUAUCUCCGUUUGCCCUGGAUAACGGCCCAGGCUGGCAUAGGGCUAACCUGGUUGAUCAUUCUCAUGUCCUCUGUGGUGACCAGCAUUACUGGUCUCUCCAUCUCUGCAAUUUCCACCAACGGCAAAGUCAAAGCAGGGGGAACCUACUUCCUGAUCUCUCGCAGCUUGGGCCCAGAACUUGGUGGAUCCAUUGGCCUUCUCUUCUCCUUUGCCAAUGCUGUGGCUGUAGCCAUGCACGUAGUGGGUUUCUCCGAAACAGUGAAGGACCUGCUGGUGGAGUCGGAUGCCGUGAUGGUUGAUCCGGUGAACGAUAUCCGCAUCGUGGGUGUGAUUACUGUCACCUGCCUCCUUGGAAUCGCUUUGGCUGGCAUGGAAUGGGAAGCAAAAGCUCAAGUGGUCUUCUUCUUUGUCAUCAUGGUAUCCUUCAUCAACUAUUUCGUCGGGACAUUAAUCCCGGCCUCACCAGCGAGAAUGUCUAAAGGCUACUUCAGCUAUCGUGGUGACAUCUUCUUGGAGAACCUCACACCUCAAUGGCGAGGAGAUUCUGGAAGCUUUUUUGGCAUGUUCUCCAUCUUCUUCCCCUCAGCCACUGGGAUCCUGGCCGGGGCCAAUAUUUCAGGAGAUCUGAAGGAUCCAGCAGUUGCCAUCCCCCAAGGAACACUAAUGGCUAUCUUCCUGACCACCAUCAGCUAUUUGGCCAUUGCAGCCACCAUAGGAGCUUGCGUCAUCCGUGAUGCCUCUGGAAGUCUAAAUGACACUUUGGUUUCCAACUUCACUGGCGGAGACUGUGUUGGCCUGGGUUGCGGGUACGGCUGGAACUUCACUGAAUGCAGUGUGACACAGACCUGCAACUAUGGGAUUGCCAAUGAUUACCAGACAAUGAGCAUGGUGUCGGCAUACAGCCCCCUGAUCACUGCAGGAAUCUUCGCUGCUACACUCUCAUCUGCUUUGGCUUGCCUUGUGUCAGCCCCCAAGGUUUUCCAGUGCCUCUGUCAAGACAACCUCUACCCUCUGAUAGGCUUUUUCGCCAAGGGUUAUGGAAAGAAUAAGGAGCCACUGAGGGCCUAUGGCCUGACUUUUAUCCUGGCUGUUGCCUUCAUCCUCAUAGCUGAAUUGAAUACCAUCGCUCCCAUCAUCUCCAACUUUUUCCUCUGCUCUUAUGCCUUGAUCAACUUCAGCUGUUUCCAUGCCACCAUCACCAAUUCCCCAGGCUGGAGGCCUUCCUUCCGCUACUUCAGCAAAUGGACCGCACUUUUUGGAGCCAUUGUCUCUGUGGUCAUCAUGUUCCUACUGACUUGGUGGGCAGCCCUCAUUGUGGUUGGGAUCAUCAUUGUGAGCUUGGCGUAUGUCACCUACAAGAAACCAGAGGUGAACUGGGGCUCCUCAGUGCAAGCCGGGACCUACAACAUGGCUCUUUCAAAUGCCAUGAACCUGAACAAUGUGGAAGACCAUGUCAAGAAUUUCCGACCUCAGUGUUUGGUCCUGUCAGGUCCUCCCAAUUUCCGACCAGACCUGGUGGAUUUUGUUGGCGCCUUCACUAAAAAUGUCAGCCUCAUGAUAUGCGGAAACGUGACCGAGGUUUGUGAAUCUUAUUGGGGGAUCAGCUCUUUGGGGGGGGGGGGGCAACUCCAGUGGCUUGGCGAGCGGAAAAUCCAAGCAUUCUACAACUUCAUCACCAUCGGAGACUUACGUUCAGGAGCUAGAACCCUUAUGCAGGUCUCAGGUCUAGGACGUCUAAGGCCCAACACCAUAGUUCUCGGUUAUAAAAGUGAUUGGCAGACCGACUCUCCCCAAAACCUGGAGAAUUAUGUGGGCAUAAUACAUGACACUUUCGACCUCGGCACUGCAGUCUGCCUGUUUCGGAUGAGACAUGGGCUGGACGUGUCACGGGUGAUCAAAGCCCAAGCUGCUCCUAAAGCCGUUGGUGCCGAUGCUGCAUUGGAGACCGUGUUCCAGAGGAAUCAGAAGAAGAAAAAUAUCGAUAUCUAUUGGUUGUUCGAUGAUGGCGGGCUGACCCUCCUCAUCCCCUAUCUUCUGACUCGCCGGAAACGUUGGAGCCAGUGCAAAGUCCGAGUCUUCAUCAGUGGGCAGAUCUCUAAUGCCGAGGAACACAGAGAAGAGAUCCGGUCUCUGUUGGACAAAUUCCGCCUCGGCUUCAGUGAGGUUGUGGUGCUGCCUGAAAUUAUAUGGAAACCUGAGGAGAACAUUUACAAGGAAUUUGAGGAUCUUAUAGCUCCAUAUCGGCUGAACGAGGGCCAAAAAGAUGCUGAAACCAUAGAAACAAUGAAGAAGGAGAUGCCAUGGAAAAUCACCAGUGAAGACCUGAGAAUCUACAAGAAAAAGUCUGAACAGCACUUGCGCCUUCACGAGGUUCUACAAGAUCACUCCCGCAAUGCAGCCCUCAUCGUCAUAAGCCUUCCGGUGGUGCGUAAAGGAGCCUGUCCCAGCUCCCUCUACAUGGCCUGGCUUGAGACAGUCUCCAAGGACUUACCCCCACCAAUUGUCUUCAUCCGAGGCAAUCAAGAGGAUGCACUCACCUUCUACUGUCAAUAG